GCGCUUUCAAGAGACCGCCGCGGUGCUCUCCAGCGAGAGAGGCAGCAGGCGGCGCGCGGAACCCGCUCCCGCGCCGGGCGAGAAGCCGAGCCGCGGGCGGGCGAGGGCGCGAAGCGGGGAGAACGGCUCCGGGGCCGCUCGGGCGGCGGGCAGCACCGCGAACUAAGCGAGGCUCCGCGGCGCGGAUGAGGGCAGGGGCUGGAGCGGAGAGCGCCCGGGGGAUGCCAGCGAGCAAGGCGCCCCACGCUACCCCCGGCCUGGGUCUGCCUCGCUGAGCAGCUGUGUCUGGGGAGGAGCCGGGGCCACCGCGGCGAUGAACAGCUCGCUGGCCCAGCUCAACGCGUCCGGCGGCGAGGCCGGCUGGCAGCCCGAGUCCGUGCUCAUCCCGCUGGCGUACUCGCUCAUCUUCCUGCUGGGCACGGUGGGCAACUCGCUGGUGCUGGCCGUGCUGCUGCGGAACGGGCAGGUGAAUAACACCACCAACCUCUUCAUCCUCAACCUGGGCGUGGCCGACCUGUGCUUCAUCGUGUGCUGCGUGCCCUUCCAAGCCACCAUCUACACCCUGGAGGGCUGGGUCUUCGGGCCCUUCCUGUGCAAAGCCGUGCACUUCUUCAUCUACCUGACCAUGUACGCCAGCAGCUUCACCCUGGCCACCGUCUCCCUGGACAGGUAUUUGGCCAUUAGAUACCCUUUGCAUUCUAGAGAACUCAGAACCCCUCGGAAUGCGCUCACAGCCAUUUGCCUCAUCUGGGGUCUUUCCAUUAUUUUCUCCGGCCCGUAUCUCAGUUACUACCAGGAGUUCCAGAUGGCCAACCUGACCGUCUGCCAUCCCAUCUGGAAGAUCUCCCAACGCAAGAUCAUGGACAUCUGCACCUUCAUCUUCAGCUAUGUCAUCCCAGUGCUGAUCCUUAGCCUCACCUACAUGAGGACUAUCCGUUACCUCUGGACAUCCGUGGACCCCAUUGAAGAUAUGUCCGAAUCCAAGAAGGCCAAGCGCAAGGUCACCAGGAUGAUCAUCAUUGUAGCGGUCCUCUUCUGUCUCUGCUGGUUGCCCCAUCACCUGAUCAUCCUGUGCGUCUGGUUCGGCUAUUUUCCUUUCAACCACGCCACCUACGUGCUCAGGAUCCUCUCGCACCUGAUCUCGUACUCCAACUCCUGCGUCAACCCCAUCGUUUAUGCCCUGGUCUCCAAGCAUUUCCGCAAGGGCUUCAAGAAGAUCUUCAACUGCCUCUUGCACAAGAAGGUGGCCAAUAAGGUACAUGUGGUACAGGUAACCAACACUGUCAGCACCCUGGAGGCGGAUCUGACUGAAGUGACACAUAUCAACGAGCUCCCACCUGCCAGGUCCUUCACCAGCUGUCAGAUCCCAGACCAUCCAUGGGGGGAGACGGAGCAGCUAGGGCGCCAGCAGAAAGUAGCCAACUCCUUCAUCACCUUCAAUGUCACCUAGUGGAACUUCUUUCCUACUGGCUUUAAAAAAAAAAAAAUCUUCUGACUCUAGGGCAGUGUCACGUGGACCCAGGUAGGACUGAACUUU